CGUAGGUGAGAGGCCGCUUAAGCUCAUGGCGGUGAGACCACCCUCACGAGGCCGAGAUGAACGCAGAGGCCCACCGCCGUUGCUCUCGUUCUCCGCAGCAGAUCUUUUCUUGUAUUAGUUUACCGUGGUUCGAGGAUCCCUUUCCCGUCUCUCUCUCUCUCUCUCUCGUGUACCUUUCCUUGGAGAUUCGACUCGAUCGCCGAUAGCAUCGAGGGUUCUCGCCCUCGAUUUCCUCGCCUCCCACCCUUGCCGAAUCUCCAAGGGGGUGGCGUGGAGAAAGAAAGCUACGGGGAAUUGGAUCGGCUUUCGUGUGCCAUCAUAGAGAAAGAACCAUGCUAUCUGAUCUCCCUUUUCUUUCUGAAAAGGAGCUACGGAGGGCCAUUAUUUCCUCACGAUCCUUGUCUCUCAUGCCUACCAACGCCUGACACCUUUAUAUUAGAUUCCCCUCUUCCCUCCCGUGUCUCUUCCGGCUGAUCUCAGUUUGCUGUUCCCUACCCAAACUGCUUGAUUUCAUUCAACCCGGGGCUAUUUGUUUUGAUCUGAUUCGAGUUGGUGAGAGGAAGAGGGAGAGGGGGAUGAUGGAAGGAGACCGCUUCUCGGGGCUUGGCAAUGGAACCCAGGUGGACGGCAAAGUCCUGCAGACCUUCCAGAAGAGCUUUCUCCAGGUGGAGAACAUCCUGGAUCAGAACCGGCAGUUGAUCAAUGAGAUCAAUCAGAACCACGAGUCGAAGAUCCCCGACAACCUCAGCCGCAACGUCGGCCUGAUCAGAGAGCUCAACAACAACAUCCGCCGCGUCGUCGACCUCUACGCCGACCUCUCCCUCUCCUUCACCCGCUCCAUGGAAGCAUCCUCCGAGGGCGACUCCGAAGGAAAGCCCGGCCACAAGCGAAACAGGCCUGGGUAGAGAGGAAGCAGAUGAAAUGGCUUAGUUAGAGUUAGGAUCGACAAACUGCAAGCUUGGGGAUGGGAUCGAAAUAACAAAGCGACUGCUUGCGCUGUUGUAAUCAUUAUUGUGACGCUCAAUCUUCUAUCUCAGUUAUGUGAGAACAGUCUCUGCUUCUUUCUCUGUUC